AUGAGCGGUGGUCCACACAUGACCAUGGAGCAGGUGGCGCGGACUUUUCAGCCGUGCAAACUCUACGAUGGCAUCAGUGAGCGCCACGUGACUGUGGAGGUGGAUGGGGAGAUGGAAGAGGUGGAGAUUGACCCCAAAGAGGGGCCGAAGAUAUGGAAGCCGGAUGGCACACCCCCGGGCCCCAACGACUUCCACAAGCUGCCAAAGUUGUGCCGAUCACACCUCGACAUGUCUGCGGCGAACGGCCUCAACAAGGAUUGGGUGUACUAUACCUCUACUGAGCGCAAAAUGUGCGUGCUACAGGCCGCGAAAAUUAACAAGCAGCGGAAAGCGCUUCGCGAUGCUCGGAGCGCGGAAUGA